GUUGUUUAUUCUUAUGCAUAUAAUUUUGUAUAGGGUCAAUUACAGAAAAAAUGUAAAUAUAUAAAAUAUUUUUAAAAUAAGUGAAAAUCAUCCAUGAGCCAUCAGGUAGCUAUAAACAUUAAUAACUUUUUAUAUAUGUGCUUUUCUUCAUUAUUUUUACAUAUAUCAUUUAGAAGAAAAGUUGUAUUCAUAUUAUUUUAUAACAUUUUCAUUUUUAAUUUUUUCCAGGAAAUAACUUUUAGAUUCAGAGGAUAUUAGAGUUGAAAAGAACUUUUCUAUCACAUGGUCUAAGAAGCUUCCCUCAUGUCAUUUUUUUUUUUUUUUUUGAGACGGGAGUCUCGCUCUGUCGCCCAGGCUGGAGUGCAGUGGUGCUGGCUCGGCUCACUGCAAGCUCUGCCUCCUGGGUUCACGCCAUUCUCCUGCCUCAGCCUCCCAAGUAGCUGGGACUAUAGGCGCCCACCACCACGCCCAGCUAUUUUUUGUAUUUUUAGUAGAGACGGGGUUUCACCGUGUUAGCCAGGAUGGUCUCGAUCUCCUGACCUCAUGAUCCGCCUGCCUCAGCCUCCCAAAGUGCUCAGAUUACAGGCAUGAGCCACCACACCCAGCCUCCCUCAUGUCAUUUUUAUCCAGUUGUGAAAAUUUAUUUCUCACAUGUUAGUCUGCUGGUUAAUUAAAAUGACUUUUAUCGGAUGGUGAUACUUUGAUCGUACCUGAUAAUACUGUCUUAAAUGAAAUAAAAAUAUUUAUUGAUAGUUCUUGCUUUUUAUUGAAUAUUAAGUGCAGUACAGCUCACACAUUAAGUCAAAUAAACUAGUGAUUGGAUAACACCUUAAAGGGAGGUACUUAAAUAUUUGCUACCAAACGUCUUGUUAAUUUAUUGAUAUUUUCAAAUGGAGUCUCUUUCAAUAUCAAUCAAUUGAAAUGUGAUUUUACUUAACAAAUUUUGAUUACAUAAGAUACGGAUAUGUUUCUAGUCUCUGAUCACAGCCUUACAUUGUUGGAGUCUUGCUGUUCUGCAGCCCAUCAUCUGCUGAACUAACAUGCCCUGUUAGAAAAUAGUUAAUGCUUAUGGGACUCAUCUGUACAGUUGGUAAUUACUUUCAAACAAUACAUUUUGUAUAUAGAGAAAGAUACCAAUUUAAUCAUCUGUUGCCCUCAGGGACAACACCGUCAGCAUAUCUUCUCAGUUACGGUGAUUCCAUAUAGGAUUAUUAAGAGUGUUCAAGGCUGAGCAUGGUGGUUCACGCCUGUAAUCCUAGCACUUUGGGAAGCCGAGGCGGGUGGGUCACCUGAGGUCAGAUGUUCGAGACCAGCCUGGCCAACAUGGCGAAACCUCAUCUCUACUAAAAAUACAAAAAUUAGCCAGGCGUCGUGGCGGGCACCUGUAAUCUCAGCUACUCAGGAGAUUGAGGCAGGAGAAUCACUUGAACCCGGAAGUGGAGGUUGUAGUGAGGCGAUAUCGCGCCACUAAAAAAAAAAAAAAGAAAAGUAAGGCAAGCCCGGGCUGCUACUGCGCGAGCCCAGCCAGGCCCGGCCCACUUGCUCAGAGCUUGGCCUUAGGGGGAGGCACGCCUCCAAUUGGCGCGAAAGUGAUAAAGAGGCGUGGCCGGAAAGGUCCCACCCUGCUCCCCUGGAGUACUUAAGGGAGUUGGCGGAGCGGCUGCACUCAUUGCUCCAAGGCUCGGCCUAGUGAGCGGGUAGCCUGCGCUACUCAGCGACCUCCUUGCCUCUGCGCUACUCAGCGACCUCGUUGCCUCUGCGCUACUCAGCGACCUCGUUGCCUCUGCGCUACUCAGCGACCUCGUUGCCUCUGCGCUACUCAGCGACCUCGUUGCCUCUGCGCUACUCAGCGACCUCGUUGCCUCUGCGCUACUCAGCGACCUCGUUGCCUCUGCGCUACUCAGCGACCUCGUUGCCUCUGCGCUACUCAGCGACCUCGUUGCCUCUGCGCUACUCAGCGACCUCGUUGCCUCUGCGCUACUCAGCGACCUCGUUGCCUCUGCGCUACUCAGCGACCUCGUUGCCUCGACCACCAUGCCGCGCUCUUUCCUCGUCAGGAAGCUACCUGACCCUGAUCGGAAGCCCAACUACAGCAAACUGCCGGACUCGAAUCCAGAGUUUACCUUCCAGCAGCCCUACCACCAGGACCACCUUAACUCCACUGCUUUGCUGCCAACACUCAUCUGGGACGCUUUCCUGGCGCUCCAAGCACAACCAACUGCCAGGGCCUCCCUGCAACUGAGACUCCCCCAAGAGAGUUCCAAGGCGGCAGAACUGACCUCACUGUCGGAUGAGGACAGCGGGAAAGGCUCCCAGUCCCCCAGCCCACGUUCACAGCCUUCUUCGUCUUUCUCCUCCACUUCAGCUUCUUCCUUGGAGGCGGAGGCCGAUACCACCUUCCCAGGCUUGGGCCAAGUGUGCAAGCAGCUGGCCCAGGUCUCUGAGGCCAAGGAUUCCCAGUUUCAAAAAGCCUUCAACUGCCAAUACUGCAAUAAGGAAUGCCUCAGCCUGGGUGCCCUCAAGAAACACAUCCGAAGCCACACGCUGCCCUUUGCCUGCGAAACCUGCGGGAAGGCCUUCUCCAGACCCUGGCUGCUGCGGGGCCAUGUCCGGACCCACACUGGUGAGAAGCCCUUCUCCUGUCCCCACUGCAGCCGUGCCUUCGCCGACCGCUCCAACCUGCGGGCCCACCUCCAGACCCACUUGGACGUCAAGAAGUACCAGUGCCAGGCUUGCGCUCGAACCUUCUCCCGAAUGGCCCUGCUCCACAAGCACCAAGAGUCGGGCUGCUCAGGGGGCCCUCACUGACCCUAGAGGCUCCCUCUUCCUCUCCCUACCAGACACCCUGCCCCCGCCAACCAACAGCCUCCCCAAGCUCCAGAAGGAAGGAGUACACCAUGUCCUCAUGCCACAGAAUUCCCUCCUGAGCGCCCCCAUUUCUGGAUGCAUCAGCCGCACGGGACUUUGAUGAAAACCAUUUUCCGGUUCUGUUUCCUCUGCCUGGAUCCCUCAGUGGACUCUGAAAGAGGCCUUCCCGUGGCCAUGUCUGUGGAUGGCUGGCGGGAGGGCAGCUGGCAGCCCCAGCUUGGGGGCAUUCUUGAACUGGCUUUUCUGCAUGUGUUUGUGUAUUCAGAACUGUUUGGAUACAGCUGUUUGAGCUACAGGACAAGAGCUGACAGUGUCCACCCCAGUCAGGGGACCCUCCCCACUCCCUCCCCGAAGGAGCCCUCAGGCCACCCUCUGCGAGGUUUGACUAUGCAAUAAUCCACCCCCAGUUUCAGCCAUGGGGCCUUCGAAGGCGGUGGCUGACACCAGGACGUGUCAGAGCCUAAGAUGCUCUGGGCCUGAGCAGCUAUUUCAGCUUCCUGUUUGGCGUGGUUGGCGCCUGUUUCCCAGGCAAUUUAACAAUGUCUCAAGAGGGACUGUAAGUAAUGGUUGUCACUUGUCGGUGGCCUAAGUGGGGUGCUCUGGUCUGCCCAAUGUAUCUCCCAGAACUAUUUUGGGAACCCAACAGGUAGGCCUGGGAGGAAGAUGUUUACAUUUUUAAAAGUACAUUGGUACUUAUAUUUCAUACAUUUUGUAUCAAGGAAACGUUUUGUAUAGUUAAUGUGUGCAGUUUAUUGAUAUCCAAUAAAGCAACUUGUGUAUUUUUUAAAAAGAGUAUUCAAGGAGUACCUGAGAAUGUUGUUUAAAAUAAAGAUUCCUGGAC